CAGCUCCCACUACGACCACAGCAACUCCAACUACAACCACAUCGGCUCCCACUACAACCACAGCGGCUCCGACCACAACCACAGCAACUCCCACUACAACCACAUCGGCUCCCACAACAACCACAGCAUCUCCCACUACAACCACAGCGGCUCCCACUACAAACACAGCGGCUCCCACUACAACCACAACUGCUCCCACUACAACCACUGCGGCUCCCACUUCAACCACAGCUGCUCCGACCACAACCACAGCUGCUCCCCCUACAAUCACUGCGGCUUCCACUACAACCACAGCGGCUCCCACUACAACCACACGGCUCCCACUACACCACAGCGGCUCCACUACAACCACAGUGGCUCCCACACCACCACAGCUGCUCCCACUACAACCACAGCAACCACAGCUGCUUCCACAACAACCACAGCUGUUUAUAACAACGACAGCAGCUCCCACUACGACCACAGAAACUCCAACUACAACCACAUCGGCUCCCACUACAACAACAGCGGCUCCGACCACAACCACAGCUGCUCCCACUACAACCACUACAACCACAGCUGCUCCGACCACAACCACAGCUGCUCCCACUACAACCACUCGGGCUCCCACCAACCACAGCGGCUCCCACUACAACCACAGCGGCUCCCACUACAACCACAGCGCGGCUCCCACUGCAACCACAGCUGCUCCCACUACAACCACAGGUGCUCCCACAACGACCACAGCGGCUCCCACUACAACCACAGCGGCUCCCACUACAACCACAGUGGCUCCCACUACAACCACAGCUGCUCCAACCACAACCACAGCUGCUCCCACAACAACCACAGCGGUUCCCAUAACAACCACAGCGGCUCCAGCUCCCUCUACAACCACGGCAACUCCCACUACAACCACAUCGGCUCCCACUACAACCACAGCGGCUCCCACUACAACCACAGCUGCUCCCACUACAACCACAGCGGCUCCCACUGCAACCACAGCUGCUCCGACGACAACCACAGCUGCUCCGACUAUAACCACUGCGGCUCCCACUUCAACCACAGCAGCUCCCACUACAACCACAGCGGCUCCCACUACAACCACAGCGACUCCCACUACAACCACAGCUGCUCCCACAACAAACACAUUGGCUCCCACGACAACCACGUUGGCUUCCACUGCAACCACAGCGGCUCCCACUACAACCACAGCAGCUUCCACUACAACCACAACGGCUCCGGCUCCCACUACAACCACAGCGGCUCCCACUACAACCACAGCGGCUCCCACUACAACCACAGCAACUCCCACUAUAACCACAGCGACUCACACAACAACCACAGUGGCUCCCACAACAACCACAGCGGCUCCCACAACAACCACUGCUGCUUCCACAACAACCACAGUGCUCCCACAACGACCACAGCGGCUCCCACUACAACCACAGCGGCUCCCACAACAACAACAGCUGCUCGCACUACAACCACAGUGGCUCCCCGGCUCCCACUGUGCUCCCACAACGACCACAGCGGCUCCCACUACAACCACAGCGGCUCCCACUACAACCACAGUGGCUCCCACUACAACCACAGCUGCUCCAACCACAACCACAGCUGCUCCCACAACAACCACAGCGGUUCCCAUAACAACCACAGCGGCUCCAACUCCCACUACAACCACAUCGGCUCCCACUACAACCACAGCGGCUCCCACUACAACCACAGCUGCUCCCACUACAACCACAGCGGCUCCCACUACAACCACAGCGACUCCCACUACAACCACAGCUGCUCCCACUACAACGACAGUGGUUCCCACAACAACCACAGCGGCUCCCACAACAAACACAUUGGCUCCCACGACAACCACGUUGGCUUCCACUGCAACCACAGCGGCUCCCACUACAACCACAGCAGCUUCCACUACAACCACAAUGGCUCCAGCUCCCACUACGACCACAGCAACUCCAACUACAACCACAUCGGCUCCCACUACAACCACAGCUGCUCCGACCACAACCACAGCUGCUCCCACUACAACCACUGUGGCUCCCACUACAACCACAGCGGCUCCCACUACAACCACAGCGGCUCCCACUACAACCACAGCAACUCCCACUAUAACUACAGCGACUCACACAACAACCACAGUGGCUCCCACAACAACCACAGCGGCUCCCACAACAACCACUGCUGCUUCCACAACAACCACACUGCUCCCACAACAACCACAGUGGCUCGCACAACAACGACAGCUGCUCCCACUACAACCACAGUGGCUCCCCAACAACCACACUCCCACAACAACCACAUUGGCUCCCACUACAACCACAGCUGCUCCCACUACAACCACAGCAACUCCCACUACAACCACAUCGGCUCCCACUACAACCACAGCGGCUCCCACUACAACCACAGCUGCUCCCACUACAACCACAGGUGCUCCCACAACGACCACAACAGCUCCCACUACAACCACAGUGGCUCCCACAACAACCACAUUGGCUCCCACAACAACCACAUUGGCUCCCACUACAACCACAGCGGCUCCCACUACAACCACAGCGACUCCCACUACAACCACAGCUGCUCCCACUACAACGACAGUGGUUCCCACAACAACCACAGCGGCUCCCACAACAAACACAUUGGCUCCCACGACAACCACGUUGGCUUCCACAACACAGCCUCCCACUACAACCACAGCAGCUUCCACUACAACCACAAUGGCUCGCCACUACAAACACAGCUGCUUCCACAACAACCACAGCUGAUCGGCUCCCACAACAACCACAUUGGCUCCCACUACAACCACAGCUGCUCCCACUACAACCACAGGUGCUCCCACAACGACCACAGCGGCUCCCACUACAACCACAGCGGCUCCCACUACAACCACAGCGGCUCCCACUACAACCACAGCUCUGAUGUUAUAACAACGACAGCAGCUCCCACUAACCACAGCAACUCCCACUACAACCACAUCGGCUCCCACUGCAACCACAGCGGCUACAACCACAGCUGCUCCCACCACAACCACAGCUGCUCCCACUACAACCACUGCGGCUCCCACUACAACCACAGCGGCUCCCACUACAACCACAGCGGCUCCCACUACAACCAGCGGCUUACAACCACUGCUGCUCCCACCACAACCACAGCGGUUCCCAAAAACCACUCUCCUGCAGCGGUGGCUCCCACAACAACCACAGCGGUUCCCACAACAACCACAGCACUACAACCAGCUGCUCCCACUACAACCACAGUGGCUCACAACAACCACAGCGGUUCCCACAGCAACCCACGGUACAACCACAGUGGCUCCCACACAACCAACCACAGCGGCUCCCACACAACAACCACAUUGGCUCCCACCACAGCGGCUCCCACCACAGCUGCUCCCACUACAACCACAGGUGCUCCCACAACGACCACAGCGGCUCCCACUACAACCACCACAGCGCUGCUCCCACUACAACCUCCCACAGCG